AUGGUAGACACAGAUAUUCUUGUAAGAGAUCUUCUAAAUAGCUUGCCAACACUCUCUGAUUCAGAGUCAGAUACAGAAGUAACUAAUAUGUCUGAAUUCAAAUACGAUAUGUUUAAAUCUAGAUUAGACAACAUAAAGCCAUAUGACGGCGAUGUAAAUCAACUAAAUAAAUUUUUGAGUAGAUGUGAAAAUUUUAUCCAAAAAUAUAAUACUUUUAAUGAUGCUGAAUUAAAACUUCACGUUUUUCAAUGUAUCCAAGAAAAGCUAAUUGACAAAGCCGAAAUUAUGGUUGGCCGACGAAUGGAAUUAGAUACUUGGGAUAAAUUGAAAAAUGCUUUAAUACAAUGUUUUUCUGAUAGAAGAGAUAUUGAUUCCUCUUUCAAGAACUGGCACGAGUGCGACCUUUCAAAGCCUAGGCAAAUGCCACCGCAACGGUUCCCUACAAACAGUCAAGUAUUCGGUCCUCCACGAAAUGUCUUCAAGCCGAAUCAAAUUCCAACAAACCAAUUGCCUAAACCAGAACCAAUGUCAACAACUUCGAGAAACCCUUCGUUCAGAACAAACAGAACUAACUUCGAUAAUCGAAAACCUCCAAAUUUCACUUUCGAAGAAUUAUAUAAUAAAGAAAUCGACGAGACUGAAGAAAAGUUCACCUCCAAUUAUGAAAAUUUCUAUGGAGAACCUUCAUUCGAUAACUAUGAUCCUUCUUUUAAUAACUUUGACCCUUAUUAUAAUACCAAAAUACCCUUCAACUAUAGAAAAGCUGAUGAGGUCAACUUUUCCUUUUCUGUGAGCCCACAAGAAAAAGUUGUGAAAAAUCUACCCGUUAGCAUUUAUGAAGGUGAAAUUUUAACAAAACCUUGUAAAGUUAAUAACUUAUACAUUCCCCAAAUUUUAACAAUUGCCAAAAAUAGAUUUGCACCAAUAGAAAUCGAAAAUCAAACUGAUAGAACUAUUAGCAUCACCAUGGAUCAACCUUUACUCGUGGAUUCGUUCGAUUCAAACCUUCACGAAAUUUAUUCAAUGGAUCAUUUCCAUACUUCUAUCCAAAAAUCUAAUUUCCCACAUAAUAAUGAAAACAUCAAUCCCUUACUGAGAACUGAACACCUCAAUUGCGAAGAAAAAUCCUUAUUAUCUAAAUUGUGUCAUAUAAACAACACCGAAUCUUUUGAUCUAAGCGACCGCGUGUUAAUAUCAAACUACGUACAGUCACAUAAAGAUAGUACAAAAGAGCUCUAUAAGCAGAUUCAAGAGAAAAAUGAAAAGACCAAAGAGAAAAUCAUUUCAAAAAUUAACGAGAAUAGAUCUGACCCUCCAAGUUUUGAAAAUCAGAAUGCAGCCUACAUUAAAAUAAAAGCUCGUAAUAAAAAUGUUCCAAAGUUUAAGAAAGUUCCAAUAACUGGCCAAAAUUCUCUUAAAGUUUUUACUAAAAAAGGUUCUUAUCACAAAGGCACAGCGAGAAAACCAAAAAUUAAAACAAAAUCUUUUUUACAGGAUAAGCAAGAUGCAGAUAACACUGCUCCUAUUCCCAAUAAUCCCGGCCCUGUUAAUUCCUAA